AAUGCGGAUCUAUCUGCAUUAAACAGAUUGUUACUGAGCUUAAAAAAAAAGGACAACACAAAAUGGAGAUGGAGCACACUUACGGUCCUUAUGAUUACUACGACUACGACGAGACAGAAAACUCCACCAUGUGUGACUAUUCUGAGUGGACGCCGUCGUACUCCGUCAUCCCCGUGCUGUACAUGCUUAUUUUUAUCCUCGGCCUCUCCGGAAACGGGGUGGUGAUCUUCACCGUGUGGAGGGCACAGGGUAAGCGGCGAGCCGCCGACGUCUACAUCGGCAACCUGGCCCUGGCCGACCUCACCUUCGUGGUCACUCUGCCCCUGUGGGCCGUGUACACCGCCAUGGGCUACCACUGGCCCUUUGGAGUGGCCCUGUGUAAGAUCAGCAGCUACGUGGUCCUACUCAACAUGUAUGCCAGCGUCUUCUGCCUCACCUGCAUGAGCUUCGACCGCUACCUGGCCAUAGUCCACUCCUUGUCCAGCACCCAGCUGCGCACCCGAGGCCACAUGCAAGCCUGCCUGACAGCCAUCUGGCUGCUCUCUGGUCUCCUGGCUGCCCCGACUCUGAUCUUUCGCACCACCAAAUAUGAACUGACCAGCAACCGCACGUCCUGCGCCAUGGACUUCAGCCUGGUGAUCACGAGGAAAGAUCAAGAGAACCUGUGGAUCGCUGGCCUCAGCAUCUCCUCCUCGGCUCUGGGCUUUCUUCUCCCUUUCUUGGCGAUGAUGGUGUGCUACGGCUUCAUCGGCUGCACCGUCACCCGUCACUUCAACACCCUGCGCAAAGAGGACCAGCGUAAGAGGAGGCUGCUGAAGAUCAUCACCACGCUGGUCGUGGUGUUUGCCGCCUGCUGGAUGCCCUUCCACAUUGUGAAGAGCGCUGACGCCCUCUCCUAUCUGGAGUGGUUUCCCGCCACUUGCUCUUUCCUGCGCUUCCUGCUGCUGGCUCACCCCUACGCCACCUGCCUGGCCUACGUCAACAGCUGCAUGAACCCCUUUCUCUACGCCUUCUUCGACCUGCGCUUCAGAUCUCAGUGCCUGUUCUUGCUCAACCUGAAGAAGUCCUUGCAUGCGAGUCCCGCCAGCUCCCUGUCCUCUCAGAAGACAGAGGCUCAGUCUCUGGCCACCAAGGUGUGACAACAGCUGAGGGCCCAGAUGCAUGCUGGGGAAGAAGUGAACAAUGCAGAAUAAAGCAGGUCAAUCAAAACUGUACAGCGCUGAGUGCUUGCUCACGGAUCGGGUCCUCAGGUCUGUUUCAGAGUGUCACCCUUGCUCCUCUCUGACUCUGGACUUCUGUGGCCAAUUGCCUGAAGACGACAGUCAGGCUUGUGGUUUUGGGGUCUGACCACACUCAAACUCCAGCCUCACUUUCAGGAACAGGGGUGUACAACUGAACUAUACUCCAAGGGACCAAGCAUAAGCUAAGAGUUUUUAAAAAAGUGGAAUGUAUUUGAAAUGGAACGCGUGCUUGUGUGGUUCUCCUGUGGACUUUAAUGCAAACUUAUUGAGCUUUUGAACUGUCGUCUAGUCACACAUUUGCCCCUGCUGUCGUUGUUUUAAUUUGUAAACACUUGAGGUGUGUCAUGGACCAGACGACCCCCACUCUCACAGCCAGCAGUGUUACGUAUAUGUGUGCGUUUGUGUGUAGAAAGGGUGUGCCAGUCGGUAAGAGGUGUUGCAGUCUGAUAAGAGAGUUGUAAGAAGAGACGAGGAUAGUUGGAGGGGGGGGGUCCAGACAGACAGAGAGACAGAUGGCAGCUGACACUUUUUUUCAGGCUGGUGGAGUGCCAAUUAAAAGGUGACUGCUUUGACAGUCUGCGGUUGUGUGACUGUGUGUGUGUGUGUGUGUGUGUGUGUGUGUGUGUGUGUGUGUGUGUGUGUGUGUGUGUGUGUGUGUGAAGGAAUGUGUUGUUUGUUUACUCCUGACACAAGUAUUUUGUGAAUACAUAUCAAUUUGAAUUGAUUGUCUAUGAUUUGUAAUAAAAAAAAGUGCUUUGAAAAAA